GAGAAUGUCGUUCUUCAUUUUGGGAGCAAUGACUUCGAAGCUCAUGGCAGGACACUAUUCGAUGCAAUAUAUAUAUGGAACUUGGAGAAUAGAUUGCUGGAUAACUAUGGCCCUCGCGUACUCUUGGAAGAGUGGAGCUACAAAAGCGGUCCAACAGUGAAUUUUCUUUUACAGCAUGUUGCUGAAAAGGAUGGAUAA